ACUCAUUAUUAUUUUGUGAUCAAACUAUUAUAUUACAUUUUGUUUUAUGUUUAGUGUGUUCAAAUUUUUGCUUUUAGUUAAUAUAAUAAUUAAUAAGUAAUAACAUUGGAAAUUUGUGAGACUAUAGCCUAAGCUUACUACAAACCCUUAAUAUUUAGAUUAUUUAUAACAAAUUAGUUCCACAAAAUCUAUACAGAUCGUUGAAUCGUACUUACAUAAUAUUUUGUAUGUCAAGAAAUAGUAACAGUUUUUAAAUUUCUAUAAAUUUACCGAUAAUAAAGACAGCAAAUUAUUACAAUUUUAAUUUGAAAAUAGAUAAUACAUUUCUCGAUAAGAUGGAUGAUCUAUCAGAUUCUCCAAUUGUAUGGGAAAGUGAACCUUUUGAAGAAGAACAACAAAAAUGGUUUGUAAAACAACAUAUAAUGUUUUUAAUUGACGCUUCAAAAUCAAUGUUCAAUACUUAUAAUGACUCGACUUUUUUUGCUACAAGUAUUGCACUUUGCAAAAAAGUAGUUCUAAAACUUAUAAGGGAGAGUAGAAACGAUAAAAUAGGCAUAUUGAUAUACGGUACAGACGAUGAUAAUAGAAAAUGUCCCAAGUAUAUUAAUGUGUUAUCUGAACCAAUGAAACCUAACAUUCAAUUAAUUAAAAAGCUCGAUGAUGUACUAACUGGUAAAUCUAUUCGUACUGGACAAUCUCCAUUGUCACCACUAUCAGACGCAAUAUGGUAUGGUAACUAUCUUAUAAAAAAAUUUAGCGAAAAUCAAAGCUGUAGUACUAUUAUGCUCAUUACAUGCAAUGACCAACCUGAAAUUGGUGAUUCUAAAAAGCAAUUCAAUCUAAGAACAAGAAUUGAUGAUGUUAUUAAAAAUAAUAUUGAUUUUAAACUUAUACCUAUUGGUACGGCAUUUAACAUGAACCUUUUCUAUGAAAGUCUUCUAAAGAACUUUAACAGUAUUUCUAAACCCACCAAUGGGUUAGAAAGUAUAGAUGAUAUUAUGUUGGAAAUUAAUGACAAAUUGAAACAUGGUAGAAGUGUAUCCAAAAUAAAAUUCUUUAUUAAUAAUGACUAUUAUAUAUCUACAUCAUUGUAUAGAUUUUAUACAAAAUCUAAAAUGCCACCAAAAGUUAAGCUAGACAAGAAGACUAAUAAACCAUUGACUACUACUACUCAAGUAUUGAGAAUAGACACUGAUGAAUUAAUGUAUAAGUCUGAUCUAGCCAAAUAUUUGGUAUAUGCAAAUAAAAAUAUAAUAUUUAAAAAUGAAGAUUUAUCAAUUUUAAAAGGCGGCAUUCUAGAACCAGGUAUUAGAUUACUUGGUUUUACAAAUAAAGAAAAUAUUAUGAUAUCGUAUCAUUUUAAAAAUUCCAUCUUCCUUCGCCCUAAUACUGAUGUAGAAGAAGGUAGCACACGAUUGUUGAAUUCUCUUAUUGAGUGCUGCUUGGAGAAAAAUAAGUAUAUAAUGUGCUUCUUAAAAAUUCGAAAAGGAGGAAAGAUUCAUUUAACUGCUCUGAUACCUCAAGAUGAAAUUAUAGAUGAAACUGGUAUUCAAAACCAGCCAUCAGGAUUUCAUGUUAUAUUCCUGCCAUUUAAUGAAUGUUUGAAACCAGUAAAAUCUGCAGAACCAACAGAAGACAAUAUAGUUUUAACAAGUACACAAAAAUCAAUAGGCAUGCAAAUAUGUGAAAGUAUGCCUAUCAAUUAUUAUCCAUCACUGAUCAAGAACCCUAAAAUAAACUUUCAUUGGGCAAUGUUGGAAUCCUUGGCAUUGGAAUCAGAAAUGCCAGAUAUUAAAGAUGAAACACUUCCAGCAAAUAAUAUUAUUGAUAAAAAUUUAAAUGCAAUUAAAGAUGAUAUUAAUAAAGAAAUUUUGCCACAUCAUGUUUCUACUCUACCAAAAACAAAUAAAAGAUCUGACUCGAAUAAUCAAAAUGUUAGCGGAAGAGGAAGAAAAAAACCAAAAUUUGGAGCAAUGGAAAGUCAAAACAGUAAUUAUCAAUAGAGUUAGGAGUAUUAAAACACUAGGAUACAAUUAUUUUUACUGUUAUUACCUAGUGAUUUUUAUAUAAUACAGUUAAGAUGUCAUUGAAGUAUACUAAAAAAAAAUUGUUAUAGAUAUUUUUGUUGUGUAUAUAUAAAAAUUACAUAUUUAAAAAUGUUUUUAUUUAUUUAUAUACUACUAGAAGUCUUGCGCUUGUAAGGAAUCAUUAUUUUUAAGCAUCAAUGACAUGUUUUAAGUAUAUAAUUUUUUAGUAAUGUAAGAAAACACUAAAUUUUUUAAAUGUUAUGUAAUUUUAUUGUGAGGAAUAUAAUAUAAAGUUAUAGAACUUACUUAAUCUACAUUCGACGUAAAUAGUAUUGGUAAUAUAGUGAAAAGCUAGAAAUUGUUAUGAGUAACUAUCUUGAAUUGGAUUGCAACUGUUAUUCGUGGAGAAUACCUGUUCUGUUUAAUUUAGUUUUCUGUCUUAUUUUUUUACAAUACAAAAUAGUUUUAAUGCUUAAAUUAAUUAUUUCAUGUUUGCUGUUUUGCAAUUUUUACGAUCAGCUAUGACUUAGUUUGAAAUUAAUCAAACCAGUAAAAUACACAUCAUUGUUUGAUACAACACUACAAAAUAUACCAAAAUGAUAAAAUAACUUAUCUUUAAGUGAUUUUAUUCAAAUGUUUAUGUUUUGUUGGUAUACAGUAAAAUCAGGCAUUUUCUAAACGCCUAGACAAAUAAUUAAAGAAUUUAAUUUAUAUGUAAUUUCACUAGCUGCCUAGGCAUUUAAGAGUAGAUUAUAUGCUACGACAUAUAUAUUCAAUGUUGUUACAAACACAUAUUUGACUGAUAUUACAUUAAAUGAUGUCUGUUACUGUAUACAAAUAUUAAUCAUUAAAUCAUAAUAUCAUGUUAAAUUGAGUACACACUGUAUAGUUGAUCAUUGUGGAAAACUUCCAAUAAACUAUGAGUAAAAUGUAGCUCAUUAAAUAUCGGUUUUAAUACAAUGUUAAAUACUCAAUGUCAAAUAAUAUAUACAAAUGUCUUAAAUACAUGUUUUUAUUAAAGGUAUUUUAACAAUUUAUAAACCAACACAUAAUUCAUUCAUCAGUAUAUUUAAUUAAAUAAAUACAAAUUACACAAACAUAGGUAAAAUAUUAUUGCCAAAUAUACUGUUAAUAUGUAAUGACAAAAAUAUAUAAUACAUAUUUUACUCCUCCACAUGUUACUCAACAAUCAUUCAAGUAUCAAUUUUAUAACAACAAUAAAGUUUGAAAAAGCGAACAAUAAAUAAAAUUAAUGGAAUAAUGAUUAUUAUAAAUAAUGUAAAUGCGAUAUUACUUUAAUAAUUUGCAUAAUUAUAAUAAAUUAAACACAAUUAUUGUAUAAUAAUAUGUAGUUAAAAAAUAAAA